GAGAGACGGUGCCUUAUAAACAUCUCAGUGCGAUAUCUGUCAGUCGUAUUCACUUAGUGACACUCUAUUCCCACAAAGGUUUUCGAGUUCCAUCGGCGAGAGGGGUCAGAGCAAGCAUGGCAAUCAACAACGUAGAGAAUGGCUUGAACGGCCAGACAAUCGGCCCCGCCACCGAUGCAGACAUUUCACAGCCCGACAUUGCCGCCAUUUACCAAAAGUACCAGGAAGAGGCGCAUAAACGGAGGCGCGAGGACGGCGGCGAGCAGUAUAUAGACCUGGAGGAGGAAGAAGACGUGCGCAAAUCGUCGCGUCACUUUGCUAACCUUAUUGACGACCCGUGGGUUGACCACGAGGCGCUCAACGCGAAGACUCCCCCACUCAAGGAUGGCGACGAUAUCAAGUUCCUCGUUAUGGGCACGGGCUUUUGCGGCCUCGUGCACGCCGUACGCCUAAUCGAGGCUGGGUUUUCCGUCGACGAUAUCCGCCUGGUCGAUAUUGCCGGCGACGUCGGUGGGACCUGGUAUUGGAAUAGGUAUCCAGGCCUGCAAUGCGAUUCCGAAGCCAGCAUUUACCUGCCCCUAUUAGAGGAGACGGGAUAUAUUCCGAAGCACCGUUACGCGCGGGGUGAGGAGAUUCGGUUACACGCCGUGCGCAUUGCGGAAAAAUGGGGGCUUAGAGAUAAGGCACUUUUCAGAACGGCGGCGACGAGUUUCACCUGGGACGACGAGCGCAGGCGGUGGGUAGUGCGCCUAACCACCGAGAGAGGACCGGCGGCAGACCCCAUAAACCUAACCGUGACGGCUCAGUUCGUCGUAUUGGCCAACGGUAUCCUGUGCCACCCCAAAGUGCCGAAAAUAGAGGGACUCGAGGACUAUAAGGGCCAGAUGCUGCACACGGCCCGCUGGAAGUACGACAUUACGGGCGGUAACCCAGGGAACCCGUUUUGCGAUAAACUCCAGGGCAAACGGGUGGGAUUUAUCGGUACAGGGGCGACUGGUGUGCAGUGCGCGACUGAGCUUUCGAAAUGCGCCGGGGAGCUUUUCAUCUUCCAACGUACCCCCUCAGCCAUCCACGAACGGGGCCAAAAGGAAAUCGACACUAAAGAGUGGAAAGAAAAGGUCGCCACGGGCCCUGGGUGGUGGACCAUACGAAAUGCCAACUUUUCAGGCGUCGUGGCCCGCGAACCCGAAAUGAUGGAGAUGGGGAAUCUAGUCGAUGACGGGUGGACCAAAUUGGACGCAUACAAGGUGCUGACCGGCGGCCCUCAUGCCCAGCAACCCAUGCCGAUGGAAAAGAUCCCCGAGUAUGUUCAAAACGCAAUGAUGCUGGACUUGCCGGCGUCGGAACGGGCGAGGCAGCGGGUCGACCAGGUGGUGAGAAAUAAGGAGACGGCAGAGGCGCUCAAGGCGUGGUACCCCGUGUGGUGCAAAAGGCCGACGUUCCACGACGAAUAUCUGGAGACUUUUAACCACGACAACGUCACUCUCGUGCAGACCGAAAAUCACGGAGUGCAAAGGGCAACCAGCAAAGGACUGGUGGUUAAUGGGAAGGAAUAUGAACUCGAUAUUAUAGUGUUCGGGACUGGGUUUCGGGCACCAUCCAAAGAUUUUGCCGAGCCUAGCCGCAUGUCGAAUGCCACUAUCACCGGUAGCAGCGGUACCACGCUCCGGCACAAGUGGCUUGAGUCAGAGACUGGCCCUCGGUCGCUACAUGGCCUGCUUACCAACGAUUUCCCCAACCUUUUCUUGACCGGACCGCUGAUGACAGGCUCGUCAUCCAGUGUCACGUAUGUUUUCGACGUCAUGGCCCGACACGCGGCACAUGUGACGGCCGAAGCGACGCGGCGGGCAGAGGAGGCAGGAGGAGCUGACCGACUGAAAAUCCAGCCGACAGCCGAGGCCGAAGCCGCCUGGGCCAUGGAGCUCGCGAUGCGAGCGGCUUACGGGGCACCUCUGGCCACCUGUACGCCCGGUUACGUGACAGACGAGGGAUCACUGAACUUUACUCCUAAGAUGGCGGGCGCGACGGCAUAUGCACCCGGAAUGAAUGCGUAUGCGAGAGUUUUGGACGAGUGGAGGAAAAAGGGUGGAUUGGAGGGGUUGGAAGUUAGCUUUUAGAGUAAAACUCAUCCUUGUAUGAUGGGGUGACCUGGGGAUCCUUUGAGUAUGAGCAAAUAAAAAAUCAAAUAAAACAAAUAUGAACGACAAAGAUAGA